CUCGAUUUUCUCUUAAGGGUGCAAAAAUCCACUGUGUAAUACUUUGGCCAUUUUUUCUUUUUUUCCCUUUCUGUCUGCAACCAACAACCCCAAGGCCAUUUCCCUAAACCCAGAAGCCCCUCCUCAAGCCUCGUCACAGCUCUCUCCAACCUCUCCCCUCCCUUCCUCUCAACCACCACUUCCCUUAUCGAUAUCAACACCACCUCCUAUCAUCGUCACUAAAGCUUGUCUCCAGCCUACUUGCCGUAGGCGUCGCUAAACCCAGCAUUGCUCGCUGCUAGGUUUGUUUCGGUUAGUUGUGAAAUUUCUUUCCCUCCUCCUUUUCUUCACCAUUUCGCCAACGAAUAUUCAUCCGAGAAUUGUAGGAGCCUCAUCAUGGAAAAGCUUCCUCCGACCCCUCCCAAGCCCCCUCCCCCUUCGGGUUCAACUCUCCCGGCAUCACUCCCCCCUAGACCCCCACCUGCCCAGACUCCUGUCCGUAGAUCAAUUAGUGCUGCUGUUCCCCCAGCCCUUCCGAUGGCCCCUAGACCGAAGAAGUUUCCUGCACAAGGCAUUGGCCGUGGCGCGAGUACAGGCUCGACUCCUCCUCCGGCAGGGCUCCAAGGACACGCUAGUCUUCCCUUGAAACCUGGUAUCCCUGGAACGCCGCUACCGAGGGAGACAGCUGCCAUCGUCUUGGCUGGAGGCAGAGAAGAGGAGGAAUAUUCGGCGCCCAAGAGACCUUAUCAGCCUGUUAACAUAGAGCCCGACCCAUCACCUCCUACCGUUGGUCGCAACGAGUUGGCUACAUCACAGUCGCGUAUUAUGUCGCCGUCUGAUGGCGUGCAACGGAUACAAACUCCUCCUACUGCCACCGGGGCCUCUUUUUCUCCAGAGCAGUCCGCAGCAUAUUUCCCACUAGGAUCGUCCUUGGUAACCUUACCUCCGCAAUCUCCAUCUCAACAGACCGCGCUUCCUGGCUCAGUUAUUGAAUCGAACGGUCAGACCACCCAAACCGAAAAUGAGGGUUCCCCUCAGGCCGAAGUCGAGCAUGGACCAAUUCCGAAUGGUGGGCGGUCUGAGUUCCUAUUUUCAAACGGCCACAAAUCGGAUAUUCCUGAUCAGGCUUUUUCUCAACACUCAAG